GGGAGGAGGGAGUUUGCGCUGACGAGGUGCGGCUGGUGGUGGUUUAGUUCUUUGAGCCACGAGCCACGACGACGCUCACCUCAAAGGAAUCACUGCCUCACGCGCUCGGCUUCAUUAACCUGCCUAACUGAACGAAGCAGGACGCGGCACACACCACGCACUCACCAUACACCCACGGGGAGGCGCUCCGCGGACCAACGGACGCUCGAGGCAUGGCGGUGGCAAGAGAAUGGUGACCGCGGUUGACUGCUGGACUCAGCGAAAAGUGAGGGGCAGGAGGCGCACACGUGUGGAGCAGCAGCGACCACAGGAGCAGCAGAGCGCGGCGGACAGAUGGGGGAGGUCCGCAAGAACAAGGUGGGCCCACGGACAUCUCAAGAACAGGACAGCGGCGGCGUGCGGCGGGGGCCAGGCUCCCCCGUCAGGCCGCCGCCCACCCUCCGUCGCUCGUCGCUCAUCAGCUUCGAGGGGGACGAUGAGAACAGCCGAGUGGAGGUGAAGACAGGUUGUUGUGGGCUGGAUCCCACCACAGGACGCGGCAAGCAAAUUCACUUGCUGCAGAUCUUGCUGCUGCCCUUUAUCCCCAUCCUGGCGCUCAUCAUCCAGAACUCCAUCAACAUGGUGACUGUGCUCGAGUACCAGUACGACAUGCAGGAAACCAUUGACCAGGUCCAGAUCAGCACGGGUCUGGGCAACGUGACAGAGGCCCUGCAGUCCGAGAGAGCAGAGAUCGCUUUCUAUCUCUUCACCAACGAUUCCGUGAUCCGCGGGAAUCUGACGGAACACUUCAAGUACACCAACAUGCUUCUGGACGAUCUCAUCUGGCCGGUGUUUCGUCAGGAACACGAACUCUUCAACAACAAGAUUCUAUUCCGCAUCCGUUUGGACGACUUCCGCGACAAGAUCACCAAGUUCGACACCCCGUCAGUGGAGGGAGGCAUCGCUUUCUACAACAAAGCCAAUUACAUCUUCCUCGAUCAGUUAACGAGUGAGAUCAACGAGAAGGACGCGGCGGGAGUGUGGCGGCCGCUGUUGGCUUACAAGAACAUCAUCCGGGCCAUCGAGCACCUGGGCAUCUCCAUGGUGUUUGGCCUACAGUACUUUGGCCGCGGGGCUCUCAACCAGAAGAGCUACAUUGCCUUCGUCACCAAUGACGCCCUUGGCUACGACUUCCUCAACACUAGUCAAAACUUUGAAUUCUGGAUCACGGACAGGUACAAGAAUUUACAGAAAACUUAUCCCUGGUACGCUAACAUUACCCGGCGCCGGCUGGAGGUUCUGGGACGAGCUAAGAUCGAGCCGGACUUCGACAAGGCCACCGAGUACUUCUACGCUAUGCUGGGCUACCUGGACGCCCUGCAGAAAAUCCAGUAUGAGAUUAGGCACGUGAUCGAACGCACACUUGUCUCUGAGAUGAACGCCUCCAACAGCCACGUGGUGAUCGGCAUCGCUCUGCUUUGCGUGGUGCUUCUCAUCUCACCUGUCAUCAUCCUCUUGGUGCGGAUGAUGACACGUACACUGCAGGCCUUCUCGGACACACUGAUUCACAAGACACACGAGUUAGCCUACGAGAAGAAGCGUUCGGAUAUGCUCCUCUACCAGAUGCUGCCGCCCUCUGUCGCCCAGCAGCUCAAGCAACACCGGGACGUGUCAGCUGAAACCUAUGAGUCCGUCACCAUUUACUUCUCUGACAUCGUGGGCUUUACCGAACUGUCCUCAGAGAGCACUCCAAUGCAGGUGAUCUCUCUCCUGAAUGCUCUCUACAAGAUGUUUGACUCCCGAAUUGAACUCUACGACGUGUACAAGAUCGAGACCAUCGGAGAGGUGUACAUGGUUGCCAGCGGCGUUCCCCAGAGGAUAGGAAAGGAUCAUGCCGCAGAGAUUGCCUCCAUGGCCCUCGAUCUCCUUCACGGGACCGAGAAAUUCCUCAUCCCACACAUGCCUGGCGAGCGUCUGCAGAUCCGCAUGGGUGUGCACUCUGGUCCCGUUGUGGCCGGCGUGGUGGGGACCAAAAUGCCGCGCUACUGCCUCUUCGGAGACUCAGUCAACACCGCCUCAAGAAUGGAGUCAACAGGCCUUCCCUUCAAGAUCCACAUUUCAUCGGACACCAAGAACGCGCUGGACCGGGUCGGGGGAUUCAUCGUGAACCUCCGCGGUGAAAUGGAAAUUAAGGGCAAGGGCUUCAUGCAAACAUACUGGCUUAUCGGGAAGCACGGGGCGGUGAGCGAUCGACAGCCGCUGGAGGAGAGGCAAGAGGAGAUGGACGUGAUGGCGGAGAACCCUCACAGCGAGAAGGUUCGGCAAGCACAAAUGAACGUCUUCACACCGAGUGGAAUGCUAGAGUUUUUCUCUAAGCUGUGUUCCCUGUGCUAGGGUUCUUCGCGGGAUCGUCGCUGCAGGCCAGUCUUGCGUCGCCUCAAGUGCGGUGGCUUUCUUCGGCGCUAGAUUAAAGCGAAUUAAAGACGGAAUAGAUCGUUAAUAGACGUGACAGGUUUGGAAUGAGUAUGAUGCGUGGUAAUGACAGUACGAAUAUCGCACAAUGACCAUUGUAAAUUACGUAGUAAGCCUCCCUACACCUAUUUCUCUCCCUUCGCAAAAUUGUAGUUAGAAUGAAUAUAAUUUUCAGUUGUACAGUUACAGAAAGUACGUCUUAUCUGUAAGAUAAGACACGCUAUUUUCUUGUUCUCUGAAACUAAUAAAGCAAUAACAGAAG